AUUGGGGCGGACGAGGGUGGUGGAGGAGCAGACUUUCUGCCCACCAUGAAGGGUCUGCACACCGCGCUGUUGUGGGUCCAGUGGGUGAGACGGUAAUGGGUGGUGGUACUGACAGUCCUGCAGAAGGCAGGCAGGGAUCCUGCUGCCCCUGAGUUCAAAGUGCAGCUUCUGAAAGCCACGUCAGGCGGGGCCGGAGUCAGUGGAGCUGGGAACAACCUACUGCAGAGGCUGCAGCACCAACGGCUCCCGGGCGUCCUGAUGUCCGGCUCCUAUGCGACUACCAUGGCUGCAGGAGUCUUUCCCCCGAAUGAACAACCCUAUUCCAUUUUGAAUAAUAGUGGGCAUGCUGAAAACAUGAAAGGUGAUGCUAGCUGUGUCCUCCAUCAGCUGUGCCAAGAGAAACCCAACUUGCCCCAAGAGAAAAAGCAAUUCAGGACGUCCAACACCAAAGUAUACAAAAGUGGGAGAGCGUUUACGACAUGUCAUUCCUGGACAUGUGGCCUGCUCUAUGGCAUGUGGGGGCAGAUCAUGCAAGUACGAAAAUCCAGCCCGCUGGAGUGAGCAGGAGCAGGCCAUUAAGGGCAUCUACUCGUCCUGGGUCACUGAUAACAUCCUGGCAAUGGCUCGCCCAUCCACUGAACUCCUUGAGAAGUACCACAUCAUUGAGCAGUUUCAGAGUCAUGGCUUAAAAACAAUCAUUAACCUGCAGCGGCCCGGUGAGCAUGCCAGCUGUGGGAACCCUCUGGAGCAGGAAAGUGGUUUCACGUACCUUCCUGAAGCUUUCAUGGAAGCGGGCAUUUAUUUCUACAAUUUUGGAUGGAAGGAUUAUGGUGUAGCAUCACUUACCACUAUAUUAGAUAUGGUGAAGGUGAUGACAUUUGCCUUACAAGAAGGAAAAGUAGCCAUCCAUUGUCAUGCAGGGCUUGGUCGAACAGGUGUUUUAAUAGCUUGUUACUUAGUUUUUGCAACAAGAAUGACUGCUGAUCAAGCCAUUAUAUUUGUUCGGGCAAAGCGACCUAAUUCCAUUCAAACUCGAGGACAGCUACUGUGUGUGAGGGAAUUUACUCAGUUUCUGAUCCCUCUUCGAAACAUAUUCUCUUGCUGUGACCCCAAAGCACAUGCUGUCACCUUAACACAGUAUCUGAUUCGCCAGCGGCAUCUGCUUCAUGGAUACGAGGCACGACUUCUGAAACAUGUGCCAAAAAUUGUCCACUUCAUAUGCAAAUUGUUGCUGGACUUAGCUGAGAACAGGCCCAUAGUGACAAAAGUGGUAGAAGUACCUGGCCUCUCUGCUGAAAUCGAAAAAACUGUUUCUGAGAUGGUCACGAUGCAGCUGGAUAAAGAGUUACUGAGGCAUGACAGUGAUGCGUUGGACUCUUUCACCCCCACUGCAGUGGUGGCAGAUUUAAAGAAUCAAGAUGUGAUUCUUUCCAGUGAACAAGAGUUUGACCCUCUUUGGAAAAGGCGUAAUGUAGAGUGCCUUCAGCCCCUGACUCACCUGAAAAGGCAGCUCAGCUACAGUGACUCAGAUUUACAGAGGGCCGAGUCACUUUUGGAGCAGUCAGGGACUCCAUGGACGGUGCCUGCUCAAGUCUCAUUUUGCCACAGCCCCAGGCAGCAGACACCCAUUAGCCACCAUGACGCUUCACAGACUCCACAGCUGGAUUUCAGUAAGGAAAUGCUGAUCUGCAAUACAUUUUCUUUCUGGAAUCAGGCUAAAUUUAGAGACUUAGAAGAAUUCAAAGAUGAUGGGUCACCAAUUUUCCGAAAGAAGAAUAUUCCAAAGGAGGUACAACGGAGUAAAACCUUCUCUUCAGGUGUUUCUGGAUCAUACAACCCUGGGGAACCAGUUACAUCCAGUGUUGCAAAUAUCCCCAAGGAACCACACUGUUCUCCCCAGCAAGGCAUCCUGUGUCUGUGUGAAGUUCAUGGUAGCUGCAGCAGCCCUCUGGACUGUCGCUCUGGCCCCAAAACACAAUCCUCGCAGUCAUCAAUUGGACCUAAAACCCAAAACAGCAAAGACGCGCCUGAAGUUGCUCCACACACUGCCCUGCAGUCUGAAUCGAGUGUUGAAAAAAGGAGAAUACUGGCAGCCAAAGCCCUGGCAAACUUAAGUGAGUUUGCAGAAAAGGAGGAAGUGAAAAGGAAGGUAGAAAUGUGGCAGAAAGAACUGAAUUCCCGAAACGGAGCUUGGGAAAGAAUAUGUGGUGAAAAGGAUCCUUUCAUCCUGUGCAGUUUGAUGUGGUCAUGGGUGGAGCAGCUGAAGGAGCCUGUGAUAACCCAAGAGGACAUGAACAUGUUGGUUGACAGGCAUGCAGAUACUGCAGAAGCUCUGUUUUUAUUAGAGAAGGGCCAGCACCAGACUAUUCUUUGCGUAUUACACUGCAUAGUGAGCCUGCAGACGAUUCCUGUGGAUGUGGAAGAAGCUGUUCUUGCUCGUGCUAUUAAAGCUUUCACUAAGGUUAAUUUUGAUUCUGAAAAUGGACCAAUAGUUUACAAUACCCUAAAGAAAAUAUUUAAGCACACACUGGAAGAAAAAAGAAAAAGGACAAAAGACAGCCCUAAGCCUCAUGUUUAGUGAAGCUGACUUUCCCCUCAUGGCGCAUAUUUUGGACCAGAAGAUCAAGAUGGCAUUUCUGUUCAUAGGUGAACAAGUUAAAGUAUGGUGCUGUGUUGUCUCCUGGCACUUUAUUUCAGAUGCUCUUGGUUUGUGCUAAGAAUGACCAUUUCUGUUUGGAGCAACUAUUUCUUUUAAAAUGUCAAAUGUCAUAAAUGUCACAUAAUUUUUGUGUUAAAAAUUGCCAUAAAGUUGGUGCCACUUUCUUUUAUUUAUUUUACCGAAUUAAUAUUGUUGUAUUAAUAUUUUAAAUAUGUAGUGUUUACAUCCUUAUUCUUUUCGACAUUUUGAAAAAGUUGUAACUCUUAUUUCCAAAACAAUUAUCUUAUUAACACAACUCUUUCUAGAGUUUUUACCAAAUAGAUGUCAGUGAUAAAACCUCACUGUUUAUCCAUCCCUGAUGCAUGAUGUAAGGAAGUCACCAAGUGUCUUAAACCUAGUGUUUUAUAUUUAUUAAUAAGAAGGCUAUUGAUAUAACAUUUUUAAAGGAUUUUUUUAAAAUUGUUUGAAUGUUUUUUAUAAAUGUGGCAGAGGGUUUCAAAGUGUAUUAUUUUUCAGGGUGGUUUAGUUUUACAUUAAAAGAAUGACUGUGAGAUGGUUGGGAUUUUUUACUUCUAGAAAGUAGACUUGCUCAGGCUUUUAGAUGACUUUGCCAACCUCUGAUGUCACAGGAGGCAGGAGUGACUCUCACACAUUAGGCCUUAUUCUCACCCCCUUGGGCUGCUGCUGAGCCAAAUCACAUCUUUACAAAGGAAUUGGGAUCAGCUGUGGGCACUGUGGUCACUGUGGGGCACUCUCUGAAGCAAGACUCCAUGGGAAGGCCUGUCUCAUGGCGUGGGCACUGCAGCCCUGCUCUCUCCAGGUGCUGUUUCUGCUCCCCAGAGCCAUGUCUGUCCGUGCUGAUAGUGUGAUAGUGUGAGAUCUGGCCCAUGCUUCCCAGUCUGCCAUUCCAUAGACCCAGUUGCCUUUGACUGCCUUUUGACUAGGACAGGUAAGAUUUUUUAAAAUGAAAAUAAAAUGAAUUUAACCCACUUAGGUCACAUUCACUUUACUGGCUUUAGAUAAGAAAAAGUAACUGUCUAAACUAGUUCCUUGUAGAACAAAACUAUCAGUCAGCUAUUGAAGCCACAACUAUUAUUCAGAUAAACAUGUGGGGUACCAUAGGCCAAGCCAGAGAGGAUUGAAGUAUUUCCCAAUAAAGGUGAUAUUAAUCAAACCAAUUUCAAACUGAAGAAGUUACUACUUAAUCAUAAAGACAGAAUAUCAGGGAAAGUUAAUUUGUAACAAAUGAAGUUUCUCUAAUCUCUGCAUUUGUGAAUCAAGCUCUAGCACAUUAAAAAAAUUUUAUUAUUAGUCUUAGUAACUCUGGUGGCAAACACUAAAUGCCAUUUUCUUUCACAUUGUUUGAAUUUUCUUAGGAUAUCAAAUCCAAUGUUUUUAAUGAACUGGGUUGCCCAUUGCUGAUAUUUCUCAUUUUGGAGUGCCUGGUCUGGAUAAGUAGGGGAGAAAAUAAUUACAUUUUAUCCAAAGGUACCUUAUAAAAAUGCGUUUUGCCCAAAAAGGUGUCUGUUCUCUUCUCAUUUGGUCUCAUAUGGGCAAGUAGCACCAUGACUCAUUUGAUGAGAGCUAUUGGCCUGUGAGUCUGAAGGAAUCGUUUCAAAGUAAAGGGUAGACCCUACACAGCCACAAUGCGACCAUGGCAGUACACAUCUAAAAUCUUAAGUGCACCAACGUAAAAGGAAAGUUGGUGGGAGAAUUAAUUAAGCUGUCUAUAAUUAUUGUAUUUAUUUGAAUAAAAGUGAAAAA